CCCCCCAUGGAGCCCGAGGCCCCGGAUUCCCGCAAGAGGCCCCUCGAAACGCCCCCCGAGGUGGUCUGCACCAAGCGCAGCAACACGGGAGAGGAGGGUGAAUACUUCCUGAAGGUGCUGAUCCCUAGCUACGCAGCGGGCUCCAUCAUUGGCAAGGGCGGCCAAACCAUCGUGCAGCUACAGAAGGAGACAGGAGCCACCAUCAAGCUCUCCAAGUCCAAAGACUUCUAUCCGGGAACCACAGAGCGAGUAUGCCUGGUUCAGGGCACAGCAGAGGCCUUGAAUGCUGUGCACAGCUUUAUUGCCGAGAAGGUCCGAGAAAUCCCACAAGCGAUGACCAAACCUGAGGUGGUCAACAUCCUUCAACCCCAAACCACAAUGAACCCCGACAGAGCCAAGCAGGCCAAGCUCAUCGUCCCCAACAGCACGGCGGGCCUGAUCAUCGGCAAGGGCGGCGCAACCGUGAAAGCGGUGAUGGAACAGUCGGGGGCCUGGGUGCAGCUGUCCCAGAAGCCAGAGGGCAUCAACCUGCAGGAGCGCGUGGUGACGGUCAGCGGCGAGCCCGAGCAGGUGCACAAGGCCGUGAGCGCCAUCGUGCAGAAGGUCCAGGAAGACCCCCAGAGCAGCAGCUGCCUCAACAUCAGCUACGCCAACGUGGCGGGCCCCGUGGCCAACUCCAACCCCACCGGCUCACCGUACGCCAGCCCCGCCGACGUGCUGCCUGCUGCGGCCGCCGCCUCGGCGGCUGCGGCCUCCGGCCUGCUGGGCCCCGCGGGGCUGGCCAGCGUGGGCGCCUUUCCCGCCGCCCUGCCUGCCUUCUCCGGGACGGACCUGCUGGCCAUCAGCACCGCCCUUAACACGCUGGCCAGUUACGGCUACAACACCAACUCCCUCGGCCUGGGCCUCAACUCGGCCGCAGCCUCCGGGGUCCUGGCCGCCGUGGCCGCCGGUGCCAACCCUGCUGCCGCCGCCGCCGCCAACCUCCUGGCAUCCUACGCGGGUGAGGCCGGGGCCGGGCCAGCUGGAGGGGCUGCCCCGCCUCCACCCCCGCCGCCCGGAGCCUUGGGGUCCUUUGCGUUGGCCGCAGCCGCCAAUGGCUACCUUGGGGCCGGGGCGGGUGGCGGGGCAGGCGGAGCGGGUGGCCCGCUGGUGGCCGCUGCGGCGGCCGCAGGGGCGGCCGGUGGCUUCCUGACGGCAGAGAAGUUGGCAGCUGAGAGUGCCAAGGAGCUGGUGGAGAUUGCGGUGCCUGAGAACCUGGUGGGAGCCAUCCUGGGCAAGGGGGGCAAGACGUUGGUGGAGUACCAGGAGCUGACAGGUGCCCGAAUCCAGAUCUCUAAGAAGGGCGAGUUCCUGCCAGGCACGCGGAACCGGCGGGUCACCAUCACUGGCAGCCCCGCGGCCACGCAAGCCGCUCAAUACCUCAUCAGCCAGCGGGUCACCUACGAGCAGGGAGUGAGGGCCUCAAACCCCCAGAAAGUGGGAUGA